AUGUCCAGAAUACCGGUCCCAUCUUCUCUACGAAACCAGGCUUCUUCACCAACACCGUAUUCCAGCUCAAACCCCAACGCCUCUUCCACGUUUCCUGAACGUUCGCUCAGCCCUCUACCCAACCAGCCGCCUAAACGACAAAGCUCUUCGCUAAAUCCAGCUCAGCAAACUGGCAACAUGAGUACCGUCUCGGGAUACAGUAUGCACUCUGAAACGCGCAAGAAGACGAACAGAAGAGAUGAGGCUAUUCGCAAAAAGAUCGAAUCCGAACUUGCGCGCAAACGCACCAUCUCGACACACCAACCGCAGCCGCCUUCUCGAAGCCGUCGAGGAAAGAAUGCUCCAACCAAGGGAACUGUCGCGGCCUUGAAGCCUAGUCCCGCUCUGACCGUUCCGGAGAAUAUCACCGUCGCGGAAGCCAGUCAGUUAUGCGCCGCGAAGAGGACCGAUUGUGUUCUUGUCGUCGAUGAAGAGGAGGGGCUUAGUGGAAUCUUUACCGCAAAGGAUCUUGCCUACAGGGUCACUGCUGAAGGACUCGAUCCUCACAGCACCCCGGUAGCCCAGAUCAUGACUCGAAACCCCAUGGUCACUCGUGAUACUACGAGUGCAACUGAAGCCCUCCAGCUCAUGGUAUCCCGCCAUUUCCGCCACCUGCCUGUUUGUAAUGAAGAUGGCAAUGUGGUCGGUCUCCUCGAUAUCACCAAAGUUUUCCAUGAGGCCCUCGGCAAAGUGGAGCGUAGCUCUGCUGCUUCGGAGCAACUUUUCAACGCCAUGGCUGGGGUCCAAUCCGAACUCGGAGGCGUUGGGUCUAACCCGCAAGCCGCUGCUAUGCUCGCGUGGGCGGAGAAGUUGCGGGAGAAGACCGCACUCCCCGAUUUGACUACCGUCAUGGAUUCGCGCACUCACCCUGCUACAGUUGGUCCCAAGACCACCGUCAGGGAUGUUGCCAAGUUGAUGAAGGAGCGCAGGACGACCGCUGUCUGCGUUAUGGAGCCUCCUGGCCCUGGUACUCCCCACCCAAGAAUUGCGGGUAUCUUCACCAGUAAGGACGUCGUCCUCCGUGUCAUCGCCGCCGGACUGGAUGCUGGACGAUGCAGCGUUGUCCGUGUGAUGACUCCUCAUCCUGACACCGCUCCCCCUACCAUGACCGUCCAUGAUGCUCUCAAGAAGAUGCACAACGGCCACUAUCUCAACCUUCCUGUUGUCGAGGAAGACGGACGAUUGGUCGCUAUCGUCGAUGUGCUGAAGUUGACCUAUGCUACCCUCGAGCAAAUGAACGCAAUGUCUGGCGAGGCUGCUGCAAGCGACAACGAGGGUGGCCCAAUGUGGGGACGCUUCUUCGACUCCCUUGGACAAGACGAUACCGAGUCCGUCUUCUCUGGCUCGCAUGCAACUGGCUCAGUUCUCCCUGGAAGCAUGCACCUUGCCCAAUCCCCUCACUCUGAGGUGCACCCCAACGACUCUGCCUCUGUCGUCGAUGACGACAAUGGUUCCAUGUUGAGUUACAGCAGGAAGAAGGGCGUCUCGGUCCCUCUCGGCAGCGCUCCCGUCCAACCCGACGACGGUACCUACGUCUUCAAAUUCCGCACCCCCAGCGGGCGCACCCACCGCUUCCAGUCGCGCCACGACGACAUCCAACUUCUCCGUGAAAUCGUGGCCGGCAAGCUUGCCAUUGAUCCCUUCUUCACCGAGUUCACUGGCAACCCCGGCGAUGAAGUUCCUGACCCCAACGACUUCCACCUGUCCUACACCGAUGACGACGGCGACAGUGUCCUCAUGACCACCGAUAGCGACGUGGCCGACGCCGUCACAAUCGCGCGCAACCACAACCAACAGCGCGUUGUUCUGUUCAUCCAAGGUGGAAAGGGAUGGGCCGAGGCAGGUGAUAAGAGUGAGGCGAAGGCGCAAGAGGUUAGCGCGGCUGCGUUGAAGGAGGUCAAGGAAGUCGAGAAGGCCGAGGAAGAGGCUGAAGAUACACCUCUUGUCCAGACCCCACCCAAGGCUACUACUCCCCCUACACGCGGUGUUGUGCAUAACCCACAGGAAGAGGUCUUUGGUAUUCCCAAGGACCUGCUGCUCCCUGCCUCGAUCGGAGCGUUGGCUGUUGUGAUCAUCGGUGUGUUUACGAUCUCGAGGCUGACUGCCCCUUCGCACUAUUAG